CCUACACAAACAUUGCAUGAUAUCCACACCAUUGCUUCAUCCAUCUAUAAAUACAUACGAACCAAUCCCAAAAUACUCAACCAUUCACAUUCUCUACUGCCAUUCAAUUGCUAAACCUCCAAGCUUUCUCAUUGCAUCAACAAACAAAAAUGGGUCUUCUUGCGAACCAAAUUUUCCGCCGAUCUCUCUCUGCAGCCAGAAAAUCAUCCUCGAGCUCCUUAAGUCAUGUCCCGAAAGGACAUAUAGCCGUUUAUGUUGGUGACUUCCAAAAGAAGAGAUUUGUGGUGCCAAUAUCAUACUUGAAUCAGCCUUCAUUCCAAGAUUUACUUAGCUUAGCUCAAGAGGAGUUUGGUUUCGAUCAUCCAAUGGGUGGUUUGACGAUUCCUUGCCGAGAAGAUACGUUCAACGAUGUCAUUUACAACUUGAGUAGAUAAAAAUAGUACUAAAAGAAAAUUUUGUAGAGUAGAAAAUACUAAUUCAAUGUAAAUACAUAUCAUUGUUAUGGGAAUCAACAAUUUUGUCUAAUGAAAAAAAUGCUUGGUAUUAA